AAGCUAACCUAAAAUAUUACAACAGACGCUAAGUACGCAUUUUGAUACUUUUUAUUUUGUGUUAUUGUGUACAGGAACAAGAAAAUUCGGACUUGAAUGUGUGACGAAAUAUAUAUUUAAAACUAGUGAUUCGUAUGAGUAAGUGUUGAAUUGGAUCUACCUAAAAUUUUACGCCAUAAAAUGCCGUACAUGUCUGAUCCCACAUUAGUACCUCGCGUACAAAAGUAUCUGGAAUCAAAUGUCGACAAAACCUAUGUGGAUAUCAAUGUGAUGGCUGAUCAUUUGCAAGGGCAGUACAGAGAGUACUCCAAACGUAAACGCAGUGUAUUUCGUGCGGCAGUCAACAAAGCAUAUUCUAUCGUUUUAGCGAGCUAUGGAAUGAACGAGGACAAUUCGGAUGGCGAUACUGUGAACAGUGACGAGAGUAGUAUAGAUCCAGGAGACAACACUCAUGAACAGCUCAACAAUUCAAUGAACAAUCAAAUGCUUGCCUUGUACAACAGAAAGAACACUCAGAAAGGCAUGGAAGAGAGUGAAUUGAUAGACAUAAGCAGUGACGAUGAUGAUGCUCUCUCAGGUCCUGCACAAAACAAAGUUAUCCCCAACAAAAAUGGUACAGAGCUCACAAUAACAGCUGAACCCAAUCCAGACCACAGUGACAGGGGUAAGAAGCGCAAGCUUACAUAUGCCACAGUCAUGAAAUUUGCUCCCAACAAAAAGAAGAAAACAACUAGCAGUUCCAAAGAUCAGUCAUUGAAGUUCAAAGAUAUUGGUGGCAUGGACAAAACCUUGGAAGAGGUGUGCAAACUGUUGAUACACAUCAGCCAUCCAGAAAUUUAUCAAUCUAUUGGUAUCACACCACCCAGAGGGUUUCUGCUUCAUGGUCCCCCUGGUUGUGGGAAAACCCUGCUUGCCAAUGCCAUUGCUGGGGAAUUGAAGGUCCCACUGGUAAAAGUUGCUGCCCCAGAACUUGUAGCUGGUGUUUCAGGGGAGAGUGAAGCAAGAAUAAGAGAGCUGUUUGAGCAGGCAGUUAGAUUAUCUCCCUGUGUGUUAUUUAUUGAUGAGAUUGAUGCUAUUACCCAAAAUAGACAGAAUGCACAGAAAGAAAUGGAGAAAAGGAUUGUUGCCCAACUGUUGAGUUGCCUUGAUGAAUUGAACAAAGAAGAACUGGGCAGCCGAGUGCUGGUGAUCGGCGCUACGAACCGCCCCGACUCGAUCGACCCCGCCCUUCGAAGGGCCGGCCGCUUCGACAGAGAGAUAUCGCUCGGCAUCCCGAACAAGGAGAGCCGGGCGCAGAUCCUCAAAGUGCUGACGGCGAAGCUGAAGCUGGCGACCAACUUCGAUUUCGAGCUGCUGGCCUCGCUCACGCCCGGCUACGUCGGCGCCGAUCUGUUGGCCUUGUCCAGGGAAGCGGCUAUGGUGGCUGUCAACGGGUUGAUGAAACGAAUAAAGGAAAUGGACCAGAAAGAAGAAGACGAAAUCAACGCUGCGGCCGCCGCUGCAGCUGCCACCGCUGCUGCGGCCGCCACCGCCUCUGCCAACAAACAGAAGAGCGCCUCAAAGGAAGACCCACCGGAAGUGAUUGUGGAUGACGUGGAAAUCGAGCCAGUGGAAGAGGACGUGGAAAUUCAACCGGUGGAAACGGCUUCUGUCGUCGAUGCCGCCCCCGCUGCUGCUGCUGAUGCCACCCCCGCUGCUGUUGUCGAGAAACCCGCAAACUCGGAUGCCUCUGCAGAUGUCGCUGUGGUGAUUAUCGACGAUGACAAUGUCGGCAAGGCUGCCGUUCCUAAGGCGCCGAAAGUUAAUUCGGAAACACUUCAGAAAAGAGAUGUACCUAAGUGGAAAGCUCUGAGCGCGCUGGACGAGAUCCUCGCCUGGCUGCACGACCAGCUGCCUUUGUCCGAGGAGGAGUUGACCGGGCUGUGCAUAACGAUGGAGGACUUUCGGGAGGCGCUGAAAUGCGUCCAGCCAUCGGCCAAAAGGGAGGGGUUCGCCACCGUGCCGGACACCACGUGGGACGACGUCGGAUCGCUGAGGAACAUCAGGGAAGAGUUGCAGUUGUCCAUCGUGGCCCCCGUCCGCCAUGCCGCCCAAUUCGAAUCGCUGGGCAUCGACGCCCCCACCGGCGUCCUCCUCUUCGGCCCGCCCGGCUGCGGCAAAACUCUAUUGGCCAAGGCCAUCGCCCACGAGGCCGGCAUCAACUUCAUCUCGGUGAAAGGGCCCGAGCUGCUCAACAUGUACGUGGGCGAGAGCGAACGGGCGGUGCGGGUGUGCUUCGAGCGGGCGAGGAAUUCGGCGCCGUGCGUCAUCUUCUUCGACGAGUUGGACGCGCUGUGUUCGAAGAGGGGCGGGGGGCAGCAGGAGGGGAACUCGACGGGGAGGGUGGUGAACCAGCUGUUGACGGAGAUGGACGGGGUCGGUGGUAGGAAGGGGGUGUACCUGUUGGCGGCCACCAACCGGCCGGACAUCAUCGAUCCGGCCAUCCUGCGGCCGGGCCGGCUCGACAAGCUGCUGUACGUCGGCCUGCCCACUGCUGCCGACCGGGCGGACAUUUUGCGGGCGAUAACGCGCGACGGCCGUCGACCGAAGAUGUCGUCGGACGUGUCGCUGGAGGCGGUGGCCGAGUCGAAGGAGUGCGACGGAUUCACCGGCGCCGAUUUGGCGGCGUUGGUACGCGAGGCGGGUGUCGCCGCUCUCAGGGACGUUUUGAGCGGUGGCAGCGUGUCGACUGCCGAGGUGAUGGUGACUUCGGAGCACUUCAAAAGGGCCUUCGGCAAGAUCAGAGGUUCGGUGAGUGAGAAGAACCGGGAGUAUUACGAGAAGCUGAGGAAGCUGUACUCGUCGGACAGAAAGGAUAGCGAAGUGGAGGAAAUGGAGUUGUCUUAGAUUAGUUUUAUUUUUAUCGUUUCCGUAAUUGAUUUUAUACAAACAUAGAAUUGUUGAUAUUGCAAAGUUUUGUAUAUUUUUGGUGAGCAAACUCGAUUUCUACUCCCGUUAGUUUUGUUGGAUCUGUUUCCGAGAAUAAUUAUUCAUCACCCUUGUAUCAUGAAUGAAUUAGAAAUUAUAUAUUUCCAAAUAUAGAAUCAAAUG